GUCAAGCUGGGAGCUGCCCGACCUGCGAGAAGGAAGAGUAAAAGCCAUCAGCGAUUCGGAUGGCGUGAGCUACCCCUGGUACGGAAACACCACAGAAACCGUGACCCUGGUCGGGCCCACUAACAAGAUCUCCAGGUUCUCGGUGAGCAUGAACGACAAUUUCUACCCCAGCGUGACGUGGGCUGUCCCUGUGAGCAACAGUAACGUGCCGCUGCUGACCAGGAUUAAAAGGGACCAGAGCUUUACCACGUGGCUGGUGGCCAUGAACACCACCACCAAGGAAAAGAUCAUCUUGCAGACUAUAAAGUGGAGGAUGCGAGUGGACAUUGAGGUCGAUCCCAUGCAGCUGCUGGGGCAGCGGGCACGGCUGGUGGGAAGGACUCAGCAGGAGCAGCCCCGGAUCCUCAGCAGGAUGGAGCCCAUCCCACCAAACGCACUAGUGAAACCCAACGCCAACGAUGCCCAAGUCCUCAUGUGGAGACCCAAGCGAGGCCAGCCCAUAGUCGUGAUACCUCCCAAGUAG